AUGUCCUCAGGCUCCGAGAAGGACCGUGCGGAUCUGAAAGGCGUGCGUUUCAUCAAACAGAUGUCAGCAGCUUCGGAGCUCAAUUUCGGAAUCGACGAUUCAACUCCUCGCACCAAUUCUAGUCCCGCAUCUACAUAUGCGGGCCUGACGGAGACUUCUCUGAAUAACCAAGCGAAAGAAAAAACAAGUGCUGCAACAAGCACAGCAAGUAAAGAGGACGCUGAGUCAAUACAGGCAAUCGUCGAGGACCAAAUAGGUCAAACAGUAACACGGCUUGCUCUAAGGGAUAAGCUGAGGCUCCAAACUCGCCAGAAACCGUGUCUAGCUCCAUUGAAUGUGUCUGCAGCCAAACCCUAUGUACGAGAGCUCAUCUUUCAUCCUAUUUCAGUUAACCCAGAAGUUUGA